UGAGAGGUACGUAAAUGAACGCCUCUAGCGGAAAACGGGAAAAUUUGCGUUCGUUGUUAUGAGAGUUAUUCCCCUUACACCAGAAAAAAUAUUUUCAAAAUGUCGGAAGAAAUUCCGCUUCGACGUAAAAAUGGUCAAUUUGGUGGUAAAGUAUUCAACAAUUCUCGUCAAAAUCUAACAAAAAGUGUGGUAGUAGUAAAUGAAAUGUCUUGUCCAAAUGAAACAUUGCUUCCCUCCCAAGAAAAUGAUAGUAAUAGUACCUUGGCAUGGCGUGAUGGUCGAAGAGUGGUUGAGUUGGGAUUAUUAGCUGACCAACUUAAAGCGUGUAAGAACUGUUAUUCACCUUUAUAUCUUCACAACUGCUCAAAAGAACAAAGAUAUGGCCUAGGAAGUAUAUUGUAUAUACCUUGUGGCAGCUGUCCCUACACCAACUUAAUAAACACUGGUAAACGACACAGAUCAGAAACAUCCAAAAAGGGAAUGUUGAUAUGGGAUGUGAAUACUAAAUGCAGUUUGGCCUAUUUAGAUGCUGGAAUGGGUCCACACCAGACAGUGAAUUUUCUUGCUGGCAUUAACAUCCCCCCAAUAGCAGUUAAGAAUUUAAAGAUCAGAGAAAGAGAAAUCGGUAAAACUAUUGAAAAGUGUGCUGAAAUGUCUUGUCAGAAAGCUUUACAAGAAGAAAUAGAUUUAAGCAGAGAUGAAGAUGAUAAUUUAAAUGGACCUUCAAUAACAGUUUCUUUUGAUGGUGCUUGGCAGAAACGAGGAAGUGGAAGAAGCUACAGUAGCUUGACAGGUCAUGCUACAAUGAUUGGUGAAAAAACUGGAAAAUGUGUGAGUCAAGGAACUAAAUCAGCAGAUUGCAGAAAGUGUAUGUAUGUGGAUGAAAAGGGAGAUGGACAGCACGAUUGUAGGAAAAAUCACAGCGGAAGUGCAAAGUCGAUGGAGCCAAACUUAGCCGUUGAAAUGGUGCAGGACCUGCAAUGCAAAGGAUGCACAGUUUCAUGUAUAAUAAUGGAUGACGAUACCACUACUCUAGCUAGACUUAAACAAAACAUUAAUUCUGAUAUUGUUAAAAGGUCAGACAAAAACCACCAGAGAAAAAAUAUUGUUAGUGACUUAUACCGCUUACAUGAAAAACACAAAGGUAAAUUGUCAACAAGUACUAUAAGCUACUUGACAAAAGAUUUAGAUUAUGCGAUAGCCCAAAACCAGAAUCAUGCAGAACAAUUGAGCCAGAAUAUUUAUGCUAUCAUUCCCCAUUCUUUUGGUGAUCAUUCUCACUGUGACUUAUCGUGGUGUAACUACCAUAAAGAUCCAGAAAAUUACAAACACAAAAGUCUUCCGUAUGGCAAAGAUUUAAACGGAGAGGAAAUGUUUGCUGAUUUGUCAAAAUUGUUUGAUUCUUACGCAAAGAACUCACAUAAAUUAGCUAACUGUGGCAGCUCACAAGGAAACGAAUCCUUAAAUCAAAUAAUCGCGUUAAAGGCACCAAAAGCUAAGCAUUUUGGGAGUAGCCAAUCCCUUCCUUUCCGAGUAUGCGUGGGUGUUAUUCAGAAAAACGAAGGUCGUUCUUAUAUACCACAAGUAUACGAAGCUCAUAAUUUGUCACCGGGAAAAUUUACAGUAAUGCAUACGGCAAAAAUAGACAAAAAGCGCAAACAUGACAAAGUAAAUGCAAGUACCCGGGAGGCAAAGAGAAAAAGACUAGUCAAAAAAGGAAAAUUCAACAUAAAUCUAAAGGCCAAAGAAAUACGAGAAGGCAUCACAUAUGCAACCUCUAUAUCUGCACCAGGAAAUUCGAUAGAGAAAGCUGAUGAUAUUUCACCCAUUCCUGAUCCUGAACCAGAAGUGACAGAAGAUCCCGUGUCUUUGAAAGACGAAACAUUUGUUUACUUUGACCUUGAAACUACAGGAUUCGGUACUGAUUGUGAUAUCAUUCAAUUAGCUGCAGCAUAUGCCAACCAAAAUUAUAAUCGGUAUAUGGUACCUAGUCAGCGUAUCUCGCCAUCUGCCUCUAAAGUAACCGGGUUUUCAAAAAGUGGUUUAAUUUUGUACAAAAACGGGGAAAUUAUGCAGACAGAUGAAGAACCUGAAAUUUUUAAGCAGUUUAUUUCUUGGCUUCCAAAAAAAUGCAUUCUGAUUGGUCACAAUUCAAAAAUUUUUGAUUCCAGGAUUCUGACUAAGGCUUUACAAAAUAAUAAUGUCAUGAAAGAUUUUGAAUUGAAAUGCGUUGGAUUUAUUGACACCUUAUCAUUGACGAAAGAACUACUACCAGACAGAAAGACAAGUAAGCAGUCAUACAACCAGGAAUCACUCGUGAAAGAUAUUGUUGGAAUUAGUUAUGAUGCACACAAUGCCAUUGGUGAUGUGCAAUCCCUGCAACAGCUGAUCAACACGUUAAAAGUUUCUCCAAGAAUGCUUGAAAAACACAGCUUCUCUGUUCGCUACACAGUAAACAUGAUCAGUAAGCUGCAGCUAACUAAAUCUAGACUGGAGUCAUUUAACAACAUACCAUCUUCUUUUUGUUCAAAGACAAUGCUGAACAAAAUUGCCAAAUCCGGUUUACGGUUAAACCAUCUCAUCCUUGCAGGAAAUAGAGGAGGUGUUGAUGGUAUACGCGAAUUGCUUACAGAACAGAUCGACGGGAAGCCCCGAGUUACCAAAGACAAGAAGAUACUGGACUCGAUUUCAGAACAUAUUAUGUCAUUGCAAAACUAGAAAAAAAACAUUGUCUGAACGUUUAUACAUUAUUUUUUUUAUUUUAUAUUACACGUUUAGUUUCUAGAUAAAACACAUUACGAUUUUAUAAUAUUGACAUCAAUUCACGAUCAUUGAACAAAACAAAAAGUAGGAUAAAAGGAUAAUGGAAGAUUUGCAUCAAACUUUGAUAUAUUGUGUAGGUUUUAUCUAUAAAUUACGUGUAUCCCCUUUGCUUUUAUAAUAUAAAACAUAGUCACCAUCUAAUUUCAGGAUGGAAUAAUAAAUCAGUACUAUUGUCUAUUUUUUGUGUUGUACGUCGUACGACGAUUCAUCGGCACAUUGAUGACUCGAUUAGGUAAAAAAAUGUGUUUUUCAGUACAGUUUGUCUUUUGACUUUUUCUACAGUUUUUCUGCGGCAUUGUCAAUUUGUUUUCAUCUUUGGAACAUUUCGUUUUCCUUACUGAUUGAGCAGCAGCAAAUAUUUCAUGUAUUUUCGGGUCGAAAAUGUAUUCAAUGAAUGUAUAUCGUCAUUCUGUGGAUUUCAAUGAUAGUUUCCGUUUACUUGGCUUAAACUUUUACAGAUUCUAAACUACCAGUCCAUUGUUUAAAGAUUUUCUUUUAUCAUUAAAUCAGUGCCUUAAUUGUUGUUCAUUGACGUAAACCCCACACUGAUAGAAAAAUUAAGUUAUACAUGACUAGGGUCUCAUCUAAUCUGUAAACAAAUGAAUAUCCGUAAUAACUAGUGAUACUUUUUCAGACAGGAUAAUUAUUUCAUAAGCGCUAUAGCGCGUAAUUAGUUUAAAAACACAUUGUAAACAAAGAGACGCCUUGAGGUAGCGGUCGUUGUCUUCAUUUGACAAGAUUUUUAUGUUGGUGACUAUUCUGCUGAUAGAGACUUGACGUUGCGUAAUCCUCUUCGGCGACGUCAUGCAAUUUCUAUCUUUUACCGUCAGCAAUACCCUUUCAACGGCUGAUAUAUAAAAAAGGAGUCCGGUAACCAUAGGAAAAUUAUAUAUCAAUAGAAAGGAAAAUUCUAUCAUAAAAACAUUUAAUUUUUAUAGAAAAAUCGUGGGAAUGGUUUUAACUGCAGUUUAAAAUAAGCUGGAAAUUUCUUACUUUUUGCGUAAAUUUGACGUUAUGUCUAUGUACUUCAUGGUGUUUUUCUAACAAUUUCAAAUGACUGUAACUUUGAAAGUACAUCGGUUACCCACUCAAAAUUUUCAAUUUUUCUGUUUGUUUUUAAAAGUUCUACGUGAAUACAAUUUCUUAAAAAAAUCGGUGGACAAGCCAUUUACGUACCUGUUACCUUAAGU